AGUCUUCCAAUCUCAAUCAGAAUCCCUGGAGAAAUUCCCUGGCGUUGAUUUGAAUGGAAUUCGGGGAAUUCGUAAGAAAUUCAGGCACAUUUGGCAUCCGGAAUCUCUUAAGAUCGUCGAAAUCCCUGGAGUUCUGAGGAUGUGCACGGCAGAGAGCGUACAGGAGAGGCUCUGGAGAACUGUGGGCUUUCUGAGAGAGCAUCAGGGCAUCAUUGAUUGCCAUGUGGUGGAUUUUCUCUGGGACAAUCACUGGCAGAAGCUCCUUCCGAGCGCUCUUCGGGAGGAACUGGAAGCCAAUGCGGAGGAAAUUCUUAAGGAUCUGCACACAAUUUUAUCCUCAAACUCAUCUUCUGCCUAUAAACAUCUCGAGAACUUCCUGACGAAUGCUAAACAACACAGUUUGUCAGCCUUUUCUGGCACAACAACACUUGAUGAAUUCCUUCCGGAAAGCAAAGCAUCUUCAGUUGGACUAAAAGUGGCAGAUUUCAUGACGCCGAAGAAAAUGCACGAGGUGAAAUCUGCCGCCAGAUUGAUUUCCUGGCUCUGUUCUCAGGCCAGAAAGCCGACGAUAGUCGUGGAUGCUGGAGAUGGAAAGGGAUAUCUCUCCUCCUGUCUGGCCUUUGAGCACAAUUUGCCCGUCAUUGGUCUGGAAGCCAAUGCAGACUAUCAGAAGAGCGCCCGAAAUCGAGUGGCGAAGCUAAAGAAGAAAUGGAAAGUUCCUGAGCGCGAAGACAACUACAAAUCCUUGGCGGUGACUGUGACGAGUGAGUUGAGAAUCGGUGAAUUGUCGCAAGAUCUCUUUUCGACUGAACAACAGCAGAAUUUCUGUCUGAGCGGUCUUCACACGUGCGGCGAUUUGGCUGUGAAUUGCCUGGAAAUCUUCACACGUGAUGCCAAUGUUAGAUUUCUCUGUAACAUUGGCUGCUGUUACAACUUGCUCACGCGCUUUCCACUCAGCCACUUUCUGAGAAAUCACGGCUUCACGCUGAGCGACAAAGCUAGAAUGCUUGCGUGUCAAUCGCUCAACAAAAUAAUCGCACAAGAGACUUUGCCAAAGGAUUCUCUGCACUUUAGGGCACUUUUUGAGCAGAUGCUGAAGGAGAAAUUCCCUCUGAGGGAUUUUCAGCAAGUGGGAAAAGUGAGGAGUGACAAUUUCAUUGAUUACUUCAAGCUUUGCUGUGAUAAAAUGAAUUUGAAUUACUUUUACACCGACGAAGAGCUAAGAGAAAAGCUCACCACUUACGAUAGAAGACGCUUUGAUCUCUUUUACGUGCUGAGAUCGAGUUUGGCUGCUGCCAUUGAAGCUGUAAUUUUGCUGGAUAGAGUUUUGCACCUGAUUGAAGAGUGUGAAGCGAGUGAAGUGAAUUUGGUGGAGAUUUUCCAGCCGGAAAUCUCGCCAAGAUGCUACGCUUUGGUGGCAGUGAAGAAAUAGAGAAUGAAAAGUCUUAUGC